AUGGGGAAUCAACGCAGGCCAACUAACGACUCAAUCUCAUCCUCCAACUCAUACACUUCGGUCAACGAUGCAGAUCCAUUGAAGACAUUCGACAAGCAGACAAUCACCCAAGUCUCAUCCAACCUCUCAUCAGAGAGCGACCAAUUGAAGAAGAACCCCUUCUUGGACCCGCAAGUGGAAGAGUACUAUCGUGACUUGUACACCAAAUCAGGGUACGAGAGUUACUCCGCAUUCGACCCCACAUUUGAAUGGACAGAGGAGGAGGAAAAGAAGGUUGUCAUGAAAUUGAACUGGAGAGUCGCAUUCACUGCGUGUCUCUUGUUUGUCAGUUUGCAAGUUGACAGAGGUAAUUUGAGUCAAGCUGUUUCCGACAACUUCUUGCAAGACUUGGGAUUGAACACCAAUGACUUCAACGUGGGAAACAUAAUCUUCACAUGUAGUUUCUUGGCGGCGGAGGUGCCUUCUCAGUUGAUCUCAAAGGCUUUGGGACCCGAUAUUUUCAUCCCCAUGCAGAUUUGUGCGUGGAGUAUCGUUGCUAUGUCGCAGGCGGCAUUAAAGGGUAAAGCUGGAUUUUAUGUGACUAGAUGCUUGAUUGGUGCGUUAGAAGGUGGGUUCAUUGCUGACUUGGUGUUGUGGUUGAGUUACUUCUUCACUAGUA